AUGGCGAGAAAGUGCACCCUCCUUAUUGUGCUUCUCCUGCCUCUCUUCGCCCUUCUCCUACUCUAUCCUCUCCCCGCUGCCACAGCUCUCCCCGCUUCUCGUGCCCGUCGAUCACUCCUAGGUCGCCUGCUAAAGCCUCUGAUUCACCGCUUCGACAGUCUCAAGGCUGGGCGGGGCUUAGAAGCCGAUCGCAGCGACGAAACUGCUGCUGCCACGUGGAGGGACAUGUACCAACAGCAGCUGAUUUCGAAAAUCGAGCCGUCAAACGACAAGAAACUGCUCGCUGCGUUUGAGAAUUCCAAUGACGUACUCCUCGUUCCGACGGAUCAAGGAGUCGCGGCGCAACCGCCGCCGCAGCAUGCGGCCAAAAAGCGGGUAACAGAGUCGACUUUGAUUGAGUCGAUUGCAACCGCCGCGCCCACCGCUGGCGCCGUCGGAGCUGCACCCGCCGACGCUACAUCAUCCAUAUUCAACACGGAUUCGUCCGUUUCAGCCGCCACCGACACUCCGAUCGGUUCUACUUCUGCCAACGAAGUUGACUCAAAGGUAACAGCUGCCGGCGCGACUCUUACAACCAUUCCGCGCCGCUCCAUGAUCGCGUUUGCACCCGCACCGCCCCCAGCAUACAACGGGCCAUCCAACCGCCGCAGCAUGAUGAGCCGCCAGCUGCGCGGUGGCCAGGGUUCUCCGCGACGGUCAACGCUCGACUCGACUAAAACUAAUCCCGCUUCUGCUCCUGCGUCUGAGCCGUCCGUUCACGGCCGGUCCAUGCUCGAAUUUCCCGGGAAUCAGAUCAAUCAUGCGCCCAGCAGCCAUGCUCUCGCCAGCGCGCCUUGCCCAGGAGGUCCCCCCCAGAGCGGCGGGGGAGGUUCCGCCCCGUUCCCCCUCGCGUGCCCGAACCCUGAACCCACCGCGAUGUGCGAUUUCGUGUUCGACGGAUCGAUGGACAAGAUCCCGACCAUCAAGCUCCCUUCGUUGGUGACGGACGCACCACUCGAUAUUACUCCAUCCGAUAUUGUGACAGUCGUUGGCGGUACAUACUUGGAGGAGGCUACAGCCAAUACAUCUGCGCUGGUUUGCUCCGCAGAAGCUGCGAAAACGAAAUCCGAAGACGUUCCUCUACAAUUUCCGGACGGCAUUUUCGAGAUGCGCGAUUUAAACGCGCUCGUGUACAACGGGCAACUGAUGAAAGAGUUUCUCGCCGGCGGAAAUGACUGGGCGAACGCGUUCCGCGCCGAUGCUGCGGGGAAAGACGGCGCGCUUGUACGCGUUCAGAUCGAAUCCGCUAUCUUGAACGUCUACGGGACGGAGACUAAGGUCGGCAAGGGUGCAAAGAAUGGCCCAUCCGGCUCAAAUCUCGGCGGCGGCUCCGGAGUGAGUGGUAACGGCGAGGGGGAUUUUAUGGGUGUUCAAUACUUCCCUUAUGAGAGGCUCUGCGUGAUGUUUCGGGUGAAGCUCGCUUGA